AUGAAGCAUGUCUCCAAAAAGGAAUCUCAAAACGAAGAGGACCUCAAAAAGAAACUACGCUCGCUUGGCCUCCACUUCGUGAUCAUGUACGUGCCCGUGCUCGCGACCAUCUUUUCGAUCGUGCCGCUCACGCUCAACGACUGGCUCCUCGUGCUCGCCUUCUCCUUCCCCGUCAUCAUCGUCGACGAGGCGCUCAAGCUCGUCGGAAGGGUGCGCGAGCGCGCGGCCUUCCAUCGGCGCAUGGAGAAGGAGGAGUAG